AUGGCGUCGUCCUCCGUGCAUUCUGGUGGCGAUUCAAGACAGGCGUCGGCAAAUACCCAUGGGCACUGGCCGUCUUCGCCGUCCUCGCACCCACAAAAGAACCAUUCAUCGUCGAUUUAUUCCGGCGUGAAACCUUACUUUAACAGCAGUAAGGUUUUUUCUUCUGUUUUAAAGGAGAGGUUUAACUUUGCAAGUGCUGCAUGUGCCGCUCUGGUGAUACAUUCAAGUUUGGGCAUCAAAUCUCCAAGCGCAAUUUUGAGCCCCAACAAAGACGUCUACAUGCUAAUUCCAUGCACAAAUUACAAGUCCUCCUCCACUUUGAAGUGGCUAUCUAGCUUUCUCUUUACCUCCACGCAGACACAAAUCACCAACUCUGCUUCCAUUUCAAACAUAAUCGUUGAAUUGUGCUCCGAGCUACGCAUAGAUACCAUUGUGCUCUCCAACGAGGAAUAUUUUUCGAGCUCUUUUAAGAAGGUCGGUCUUUUUGGCUCUGCAAGAUAUGGGGCCGAAUCUCCAGACUGGAAGUUGAUUGCAAACUUGGAGGCUUCGCCUACACGAGGACCGCAGGUGUUCAAUUUAGAAGGCUCGUCUUCUUUCGUCCGAUACUUGAGGUUUGAGUUUGAAUCCUUUUAUGGGCACGAGUUUUAUUGCCCCGUCACAUUUCUGGCCGUAUAUGGAACCACCAUGAUUGAUGACUUGAGGCAAGAAAUAGCAAAAAACCCGAUGCCUCACUCGAACACCUCUUUCCAAGAAAAUUUCAGAAUCACAAAAAAGGCAGAUCCUGGCAAGGAAACGCCCGACAUCAACGAACAUCGAAGGUCCUGCCCAAGCAACAACAAUACCAGCAAAAAUAAUCAGCACCGUGCCCAUGCGCACCACCGAAAUAUUAACAGCAAUCUCUCCCUUCUUUUUCAAAUGCUGGACUCCAACAAGCACUUUCGAACGCUAUUUAAAGCCCAUUCGUCUGAUGGGUCCCCGUUGUUUUUUGAAAAGAACGAAAGCGAAUCUUCCGACGUAAUAUCUGGAAAUAACAUUUUCAAGCUUAUUAUUGACCGUGUGGGGCUCCUUGAAAGCCAAACGGAUUCGCUUGCCUCUCAGCUUUUGGAAACCUCGUCCGAGCUAAAUGCUCUGCGCCACUCAAUGGCCAAGGUGCAAACAUGGGAUGUAAAUUUUUCUUUCUGCUCUUUCGAGAGCCGCCUUCCGGAAUCUGUUACAGAGCCAGGCAUUGCUCGGAGUGGGUAUAUUAACAAUUUGUAUGAUGUGUUGAAAAUAGAGCGAUUUGUAUAUUUUUGGAACAAGGAUUCCGAAUUAAACGGGGUGUUUCUUCUUCUUUUGAUCGUUGUAUUUUCGAUUUUCAUAAAUUGGUGGAUUUUUUGGCGAUUUUCAAAAAGAAAAAGGGCCCCUUCGUCAUCAUCAUCAUCUUCUUCUUCUUCUGUGAAAGGAGCACUUUCUUCAGCAUCUUCGCCCAUUAUUAUGCACUCUAAUUUUGAUGAAAUCUCUGCUUUAAUUUUAAAUACCCCCACACAACCAUCCAUCAAUCCGAUAAUGCUCGACCCCGAGGUUAUGCUAUUUCCGACCGUAGAUCCAUCAUUAACAAAAUCGUCUCUAUUGAAAAACAACGACCACUUAUUAAGCACUCCAACUGGCAAUGGAUGUCUUUUUGCACCAUCUUCUCCGAAAAGCCCUCUGCUGGAACGGGGAGCACUUGGCCGAACCUCCUCGUCCUUCACAAGAGAAAGAUGCAAAUUUCGCUCAAAAUCAAUGCCACGCAUGAACGUGUAA